AUGCCAGGAAAAAAGAUGGAAGUAAGAAGGCUUGGGGAACCAACGGACACUCUGCAUAUUAGAGGUAUGGAUGCGAGUAUGGAGAAGUGGGAGGUUAGGGAGGCCAUAGAAGCUGCUCUAGGAGUGAAAAAUAUGGACAUGCAGACCAGCGAACUGAGGCCUAUGAGAAACGAUACGCAGGCCAUAACAGUAACCAUGGAUACAAAGCAGGCAGAGACACUGAUGAGAGGGGGUCCUAUAAAAAUUGGGCUCACAAGAUGUUACAUCGAGAGAAGAAUUAAACUCGAGAGAUGUUUCCGUUGCUGGGGAUAUGGGCAUACGGCUAAGGACUGUAAGGAGGAUAUUGAUAGGUCCAAGCUGUGUUUUAAAUGUGGAAAGGAGAAUCACGACCAGGGGGUGUGUAAAAAUAAGGAAGCAUGUCCGCUAUGCAAGGUAGAUGGUCAUAAGGCGGGGACAGGGAGAUGCAAAGCAUUUAUGGCAGCACUCUCCUUAGUCAGAAAGGCGGACCGCAAAGUAAAUGGCACGUAG